CCCCGACCAGCUGGGUAGAGUCACGUGAGCGAGCCGCGGCCUCAAAGGAGACGCCAGGACUGGUCAUGUGAUCCAGCCUCGCUACUCGCAGGGAUGGAGCCGGAAGAGGGGGUUCCCUUGUGGCGGCUGCAGAAGCUUCCUGCCGAGCUGGGCCUGCAGCUUCUUCAUAAAAUAAUUGAUGGCAUUUGUGGCCGAACUUAUCCUCUCUACCAGGAUUAUCACACUGUUUGGGAUUCAACAGAAUGGAUGCAUGUUCUAGAAGACAUUACCAACUUUUUCAAAGCUGUAGUUGGUAAAAAUUUAUCUGAUGAAGAGAUAUCUCAGCAGUUGGAUCAGUUGAAUUCAUCUCAUCAAGAAGCUAUCAUGAAAUGCUUAAAAAGUAGGAAAGAUGAAAUCAAGCAGGCUCUGUUGGAAGAAAUAGUUGAUAUUUCCUCUUCACAGCUACAGGAUUUUGAUUGGCAGUUAAAGCUUGCACUUUCUAGUGACAAGAUUGCUACACUACAAAUGCCACUUUUAAACCUUCAUCUAGAUGUGAAAGAAAAUGGUGAAGUCAAGCCGUAUUCUGUUGAAAUGAGUAAAGAAGAGCUGCAGAAUCUAAUAAAUUCCUUGGAAGCAGCUAAUAAGGUCCCUCCUGAAGAUACUCCUGACCACAGGCAAAUCUUGGACGGGCUCACAUAUGAGGGCGCACCUGGGAUUUCACUGCAUAAAGACCUGAGAUGGGGAGAGACAGCUUCUGGCUGGUGAACCCUCUCUUUCUUUCCUGCAGUACAGUGGUUCUCAAUUACAAUAUCUUGCUUUCAAAUUCUGAGAAUGCAAUAGUCUUGGGAAGAUAACAGUGAACAAAAGAGAUACAGUUCUUGAGUUGGCGCUUAUACAUUCUUACAGAGGAAACGGGCAAUACCCUCUUUCCCCAUAAAGUUUGUUUUUAAAAAUUGAGUAGCAUUAUGAAGAAAAUGAAACAGUGGUAUAUAUUGCUUUUCACAUAUUUAGAAAAAAUCUAACCAGCACACUAACUUGGUUACUUUGUAUGUUUUUCUUAAUAUUACACUCAUCCUAUGUCAUUAUAAUGAGUGAAAAAUUUAAAGUAAUUCAUAUUUCCUUUUUUUUUUUUUUUUUAAAUCCUGGACCUUACUACAGGACAGCCUAUACAUGGAUGUUUAAAGGCAUCUCAUUCUUCAAAUGGUCAGAGCAGAACUUUUGAUCCUCUCUCUUCUUAUCCAACUGGUUCCUCCCCAAAAUGUCCCACUAGAGUGUCGCUCCAGGAGGGCAGGGACUUUGUCUUAUCCAUUACUUCCCAAGACCUGAGAAAAGUGCUUGGCACUUAUAGGAGCAGUCAGUAAAUAUCUACUGAAUGAAUGAAUGAUAGUACAGGGGGUAAAAAGGCGUGGUUAAUUUUAUGUGUCAACUUGGCUAGUCUAUGGUGCCCAGUUAUUUGGUCAAGCGCUAGUCUAGAUGUCGCUCUGAAGGUAUUUUGUAGAUGUGAUUGACAUAUUCAAUCAGCUCCUGUAAGUAGAGGAGAUUCAGCCUGAUGAUCUGCAUGGCCUCAUCCUAACCCUUAAAAGUCUUAAGAGCAAAAACUGAAGUUUCUCAGAAAAGAAAUUCUGUCUCAGGCCUGAAACAGAAAUCCCGCCUGAGUUUUCAGCACACUCUACAGAUUUUGGACUUGCUUUCUUUACAGCUGCACGAGACAGUUCCUUAAAAUAAAUAUCUUCUUGCGUGUAUGUUGGUUCUGUUUCUGUUGGUUCCAUUGGAGAACGCUGACUGAUACAAAGGGGAUGGCAAAAAUCAGGAGGGUGACUAAAGCCCAGGAAACACUGACAUGCUGGCUGUAUUUCUUCCCUCUAUAGAAACCCCAGGUGAAUGUAUACGUUUGUUUUCUAGUUUGGGUUUCACUUCUCUCCCACCCGUCCUGUCUCAUUCACCCUCCCCUUCUCUCUGCCUCCAAAAUACCCAAAGAAUGCCUUAGGCUGUGAAAAAUGCUGUCACUCACUGAACUGAACUCUUCUGGAUAUUUUCAAUCAGGAAAUAUACCAGAACUCAUUUCAGUGUAAUUGGAAUAAAAUAUAAUCUAGUUGUCAGUGGCAGUUUUAAAACCCUGUUAAGAAAUACCUCUAGGCUCAAUCUACUUUGCAAACAGAAAGUGAUUUCCUUACUGUUAACCAAUUCAGUUAGAUCCCCAUUUACUGAGUGCUUCUGAAGUACAGAGCAGGAAGCCAAGUGAAGUGAUGCUGGCCAUGGAACGGGCUGUCCCUCCAGAAGCCUACAGUCGAAUGAAUGAAGCUGUCCAGUGUGCUCAGCUGCCUUCACCUGCAGAGCACAGAGAGCCACACAGCCACAACCUCCAUCUGCGCAUCCCGCUCCUGUAACGAACCGCAUUUGUGAUGUCGCUGUCAGUCAUUAGCUCUCAAUGACUCACGCACAUACGGCCAGCUUAUCUUUGAUAAAGGAGGCAAGAAUAUACAAUGGAGAAAAGACAGCCUCUUCAAUAACUGGUGCUGGGAAAACUGGACAGCUACGUGUAAAAGAAUGAAAUUAGAACACUCCCUAACGCCAUACACAAAAAUAAACUCAAAAUGGGUUAAAGACCUAAAUGUAAGGCCAGACACUAUAGAACUCUUAGAGGAAAACAUAGGCAGAACACUCUAUGACAUAAAUCACAGCAAGAUCUUUUUUGACCCACCUCCUAGAGAAAUGGAAAUAAAAACAAAAAUAAACAAAUGGGACCUAAUGAAACUUCAAAGCUUUUGCACAGCAAAGGAAACCCAUAAACAAGAUGAAAAGGCAACCCUCAGAAUGGGAGAAAAUAUUUUCAAGUGAAGCAACUGACAAAGGAUUAAUCUCCAAGAUAUACAAGCAGCUCAUGCAGCUCAAUAUCAAAAAAAAAAAAAAACCCAAUCGAAAAA